AUGCAAUAUACUAAACCCAAGUUAUACCUCUCCAACUUAAUCAGCGCUAUUGCUAAGGAAGUUAGAGAACAGUUGAGUCGAGCCACGGAUGAGACCUCUGAGAUUGUGCUCUACGGGUUAGUUUAUUGGUUCCGUAUAUGGGACCAUGAAUACAAUUUGAACCCGACUAAGUACUUACUCAUGUGGCUCGACUUCCUUAUUAAGGACGUGGAGUCUAAUUUAAUCGACUCCAGGCCACUAGUUCAUCUGCUUAGUCUUGUCCGUACUGGUUAUUAUCAACCAGAUAUUGAGCAUUUUAAUUGA